UUUUUACAUACUUUUGACUUUUACUAGUAUUUUCUUGGGUUGGAACUUGGAAGUUGGAACUUUGAUAGAAGUGAACUCCGGAAACAAAUGUGUAUAAUACUGGGAUAGUAUCGAGCAAAUAUUUUAAUUACCAUUACACCUUCCCAAGUACCUACUUAAUCCAUGAAUGAGGAAACCAACCUCAACUUUAAAAAAAUGAAAGAAGGGGGAUACUCUAUAUUUCAUCAAGAGUACAUAAUUAUGGCAGAGUAUCGUAUGCUGCAAACAGAAAAUCUGCCUGGGAUUUAUGUGAUACCUUCACAUGAUAACUCAUUUUUGUGGUAUGGAGUUAUAUUCAUAAGAUCUGGUCUAUACACUGGUGGUGUAUUUAGAUUCACCUUAAACUUACCUGAAAAAUUCCCAGAUGAUACAGUUCCUACUGUAAAAUUUACAUCACAAAUAUUUCAUCCAGCGAUAGAUCCAAUAACAGGCAUUCUCAGCCUGAACGAAGUUUUCUCACACUGGGACAGGAAACAAAAUCAUGUGUGGCAAAUAUUGAAAUAUUUACAUUGGAUAUUUACAAAUCUAAACAUGAAAGUUCCAGUUAACAAUGAGGCUUCUGCAUUAUUUAAGACAAACAGAAAACUAUUUAUAGAUAAGGUAAAAGAAUGUGUAGCAUCUAGUAUAGAACAUGUGUAUGAUGUUCCACCCAUUGAAGAUAAGCAUUAUAUAACAUUUCAACAUUAUGAUCCUAACAUUCAUGAUACAGCUAAGAAUGUCAUGUUGAAACCGCCAGGUGCAAAUGAAAGUUCUCAUGGAAUAUCAUGGGUGCAGUCAGGAUCUUAUCAGUCUUUCUCAAAGGAAGACACUACAUAAUAAUUAACAUGUUGUGUGCCAUGAGCAGCACCAGUGAGGCUUAGCACAUCAUUACUUAGGUGCCAUUAGCUUCAAUGGUGGGACUUACAACAUCACAUGAGCAUCAUCGAUGGGGCUUAGCACAUCAUUACUUGGGUGCCAUGAACAGAAGUGUGGGUUUUCAAUUAAACAAUUGUAACUUAUCUGUAUCACCUAUGAUACUAUGUAUUUGUUAUAAUAAAAA